AUGCAAAUUCCAUUGUGUUUAGACAAGCUCUCCCAACUGUCUAAGAUCUCUAUUACAGGAUUUGUGUUGGAGGUUAUGCAUAUGACCUUGUCUCAGCUUUCAAGUCUUCCUUGUCUGCAGAUUCUCAAACUUUCAUAUUUUAAUUCACCUGAUGAAAACCUGCUUAUUCAUCAACUGUCUAAAUUAACAAGUGUCAAGUAUUUGGAACUGAGAGUUGACGGAUCUAGAGAUGCGAGUCUACUUCCGUUAACUCUCUUGAUCGGGGCAUGUCCCUACUUGCGGAGUUUUGUGUUUGAGGCGGAGAGAAUUGAAAAGAGAUGCUAGACCUCCUGAACGGUACCUAAAGGAGGUUGAAUUUUAUAAUUAUUAUGGUCGACCUUGUAAUCUCGAGCUAGUGAUUUACCUUGUCGAAAAUGCCCUUGCUCUUGAGAAGUUAGUGGUGAACCCUUGUGACGAAGAAUUUGUCUCUCGUGCAAGCAGAAAUUGUUGGCAAUGAUGAAGGAACCUAGAGAACGGGCUUUGCCGCAGUUCAAGGGAAAGUUACCUUCAAAGAUUGAUCUGGUGAUUAAUUAAUGGAACUCGAGCCUUGUUCACGCUGCAUCCACAGAGUCAACAAGGAUGGCUAUUAUUCUGCAAGCUACCCCUCUUCCCCUCCUCAAGGUUAUUAUUUUUUUUACUCCGGAUAUAAGUUUAUUUAUUAAUAAUUUGUUGUUCCGGAUUUUAUUCUGGAUU